AAUAAAAAUCAUCAUCUUCCUCUUUUUCUUCCAUUUCACUAAAAACUCCACAAAAAAAUGCUAAUUGGAGGUAAAAUUCGAGUGAUGAAUGGAGUAGAUUGGAUUGAGAAUUUGCUGAAUAUAAAGUUUUUCGAAUCGUGUGGAUAUCACAGAGAAUUGAGAAGAAAUGAGAAGAAUAUGUUUUGUAUUGAUUGUAAUCUCUGUUUCUGCAAACACUGCGUAUCUUCUUCGUCGCAUUGCUUCCAUGAAUGGCUUCAAAUCUGCAAAUACGUUUAUCACGAUGUUAUUAGACUUCAUGAGAUUCAGAAACAUCUAAAUUGUUCUGAAAUUCAGACUUACAAGAUUAAUGGUGAAAAAGCUAUACAUCUAAAUCCACGUCCUCAAUCUAAAGAUAACAAAACUUCAAAAUUAAAGGGAAAUGUAACUUGUGAAGCUUGUGGGAGACACCUUCAAGAUUUACCAAAUCGAUUUUGCUCCAUUGCUUGCAAAGUAUCCAUCGAUGCAAAUAUUUGCAAAGAACGUCAGAAGAACUACAUUUCCAAUCAAAUUACGAAAUUUGAUCACUCAAAUGAAAAUGAAUCUUGUAUCUCUUUGAAUGAGUCAUCGGAGGUAAUUCAAACAUGGUGCAUUUCACCUUUGAAACCAAAGAAGAAUUUGCGCAAAAGGAAAGGUGUUCCUAGAAGAGCUCCUAUACGUUAAAUAUCGAUCAAAUAACACUACAAGAAAACGGUGAAUUACAUGGGGAUUUUCUUCGGAAUUAGUAUAAAAAUUUGCAGGAAAAUAAGUUUCCUACAGAUUUUCAUACUAAUCCCCAGAAAAAUUCCCAUGUAAUUCACACUUUUCUUGUAGUGUAAAAGUCAUUAACGUCCGUACUAGUACCUUACUAGUAAAACAGAGGCUCAUUGACUAUGAAAGAGUGUGAUAAAAAGAUCGAUCACUAUAUCAACGUAUGAAAAUUGACCACAAAUAGUGAUGGUGAAUAUUAAUUCAACGAUCUUUUAAUUUUAUUUUAUAUUUUAAGUAUUGUUUCUAGUUGGGAUGUACAUGGACAUAUGAUAACAAUAAUGUCAAUCUAUUAUACAAAUAGUAUUCAAUUAUAUAUUGAAUGACAA